ACUCAGUUUCGAAUACCACAGAUUUGGACUACAAAAUGAAAGUAGCUCUUGUUGUAUUAGCUCUUAUCAGCUUAGGCUGUGCUGCACCUCAGCCUAGGAAGGUCUUCCACGAGCAUUUCGAGGAUUUCGUCGAUGUCAUUGUCGAAGAAGUUGGUGAUGAGUUGAUGCACUUGACGGGGCACUACCUGGAGUACGAUGACUUCUGGGUUGCAUUUAACUACCUGAAGUCAGAGAGCUUCAGAAAUUUGGUCGACGAGUUUGAAUCAUUGCCGGAAUUCGCAGCUGUGGUUGAGUUCCUCGAAAACGACAACAUUGACAUCAGGUUCUUCAUUGAUAUGUUCCACGAGUUCAUUGACGAACUUGAAUCGAUGAGCAGACCAGUGGCACGUCAUGCAACCAGUGGCACCAACUUUAGCGCUUACAUUAACGACGUAAUCGCUACAUUCCCCAAGGCUAAGCUAGCAGCUCUUUACGAUGAGAAGAUGGCUAAUGAUGAAGAAUUCAGGGUUGCUAUGGAGAACCUUUUAAGCCCUGAAUGGGAUGCCGUACUUGAAGCUUUAUGGACUAGCGACGUUUUCCAAGCUGAAAUCAAGACUCUUGCUGAGUAUGGCAUUGAUGCCUCUGUCUUAUAUCUUGAGAUACUCGCUAUUUUUGGACAAAAUAGAAUGUAAUUGUUGUUGAAUAAACACAGUGAAAUUUAUAUGUUUUUAUUUGACUUAUUAAAUUAUUAACUAACAAAA